GCACAGUUUAUAAAUAGACAUUGCUCCAGGCUGCCUGAUGAUGAAGUGGUUGUUUGGUAAAUUUUUCUUUUUUGAGGAUGCCAUUAUCAGAGACCAUUCCAAACACCAGUUUCUUUUAGUGUUCUGGGUGGGAUUCACCAAAGCCUGGGUUAUAUAUCUGUCAGUUUUAGGGGCAGGCCUCUAAUAUUUUGAGUCACAUUUCCAUGGAGCACAGAGAUGAUGAUGAUGAUGAUGAUGAUGUGUCUUUUGCCAAAUGGAUGAGCAGCUUUUGGGGUCACAGCUGGAGAGAAAAGGAUGAGCGAGGACUCCGGGACCACCACGGACCACAAGAAGCAAGCUACAGGAAAGCCUCCCUGCCCUGCCCAUUUCCCGAAUUCCCCAGUAUCACAUCACCUGACUGCCACCCUAGACGGCAUUCUCAUGAGGACCAGGGAUCCCGAAGCCAUCUUCCCAUGCGUUAUCACAGAAAAUGCUCAGUGGAUGGGUCAUUCAAGGAGCCAGUGGGAUCACAAAGAGGAGCUCAUUCCAAAAUACAGGAAUUUUCAGAGUCCUUUGAACAGCACCUGUGCCUUCAAACCAAGCACCCUCCUUCUUCGGGACCCAAGGGCAGGAAGGAGAGAAACGAGAGACAUUGCCCAGGGACGGACAUGAGAUCCCACAAGAAAAUGGAGGACAGAAGGAACUCAACAAAGGAAGGACAUGGAGAUGCGCCCAUGGCUCCCCUGAUUGAAAAGGGGCCUGAAUAAUGCUUUGUUUCUACAGCUCAAUGACAGAUGUCUCCGGUUGUUCUGAGACCCAGUUCUUCCUCCAGAACAGCAGCUGGAACGGGUGUCUGCAGAGGUUGAAACUGAGGUGGGCAGUUGGAACGGCUGCUUCUCGAGAUGACUUUUGUGACCCUCCAGAUGACUCUGGUAUUUCAUUUGAUUGUGCAAUCUGCUUUUGGUGUCUUUCUAUGGUAAGAAAAAAAUAAAGGUAUUUGAAAAGAUUA